GAACGUGAAGGUGUUUCCUUUUGGUCAUAACUAACUCGUUUGAAUCUCACCCACCUUUAGAAAAUCAAAGAAACUUCAAGUCUUCAACCCAACCUAGCUCUCUCUCUCUCUCUCUCUUUCUCUCUCUCUAUAUAUCUUUCUCUCUCUUCACAUAUAUAAACAUCUUUAUAUAUACUUCUAUAUUUCUAGCAAAAAAAAAAAAAAGCAAUGGAAAAAGCACAAAAUCGUCAACAAAAAGAGAAUCAAAUUCAUGGAAAGGGAAGGCCUCCUGUAUGGGAUUGUGGUAGUUCACUCUAUGACUCUUUCGAGCUCAAAUCAUUCGAACGCCAACUUGACUCGGCUAUAGCUUCAAGAACCCUGUCAAUGCCUCAUUUAUCCGAUCGCCGCGUUCUUCCACCACCACCACCACAACCACUGCAGCCCGUGUCCAAAAAGUCUUCAAAGCUUUCCCGGUCGUUUCAUAAGUUUCUUCGCUCCAUUUUUCGCCCAAAACAAAAUAAUAGUUCGUUAUUUCAGUUGCAGGAGCGAUCCCAAGAUGGAUUUUAUGUUGUUUAUGAUAGGUUCGGUUCACUUACAACCAUACCGGAGGUGCCAGAGACCGGUGUAGAACCCAGCAGCCUUUCACCGGAAAUGAAGGCGUUGGUGAGAAGAACCGCCUCUGACCGGUUUACCGCCACUUCUAUCGGUAUUUCAUGUGCUUGAUAGCUCUAAAAUGUUUGACUGUGCUAUGAUAUACUGUAGAUAGUGUACCAAUUAAGUUGAUAUUUUACUAUGGUUUUGUGAUGAUGUUAUGUAUAUGACUUUAGCUUUGAGUGAUUUUGAAGUUUUCAUA